AUGACCCACUCGUGCUGGUCCUCUUGCUGCCAGCCUACGUGCUGCAGGACCACCUGCUGCCGGACCACCUGCUGCCAGCCCAGCGGCUGUGGGUCCAGCGGCCAUGGGUCCAGCUGCUGCCAGCCUUGCUGCCGCCCAACUUGCUGUCACACCACCUGCUGCCGGACCACCUGCUGCCAGCCCAGCUGCUGUGGGUGUAGCGGCUGUGGACACAACUGCGGUGGGUCUAGCGGCUGUGGUUCCAGCUGCUGCCAGCCUGGCUGCUGCCCAGCUUGCUGUCACACCACCUGCUGCCGGACCACCUGCUGCCAGCCCAGCUGCUGUGGGUCCAGCGGCUGUGGACACAACUGCGGUGGGUCUAGCGGCUGUGGUUCCAGCUGCUGCCAGCCUUGCUGCUGCCCAACUUGCUGUCAUACCACCUGCUGCCGGACCACCUGCUGCCAGCCCAGCUGUUGUGGGUCCAGCGGCUGUGGACAAAACUGAUGUGGGUCCCGCUGCUGCCAGCCAGGUUGCUGCUGCUCCCCUUGCUGCCAGACUACAUGCUGCAGGACCACCUGCUGCAGGACCACCUGCUGCCAGCCCACAUGCUGUGGGUCCAGCUGCUGCCAGCCUUGCUGUUGUGGGUCGAGCUGCUGCCAGCCUUGCUGCUGCUCAACUUGCCAUCAUACCACCUGCUGCAGGACCAGCUGCUGCAGGACCACCUGCUGCCAGCCCAGCUGCUGUGGGUCCAGCGGCUGUGCACAAAACUGCUGUGGGUCUAGCGGCUGUGGGUCCAGCUGCUGCCAGCCUUCCUGCUGCUGA